AGAGCUCUCCAUUUCUUCCACUUCGAUCUCUCCGCCUUCUUGACGGACUUCUCGAGAGUGAACCUCUCAAUCCCUAGUUUUUCUCCAAAUCCCUCUCCAAUUCCUCGUCUUUCUCAAUCCUAGAUCCCACCAUGCAAGCCUCUCUUUCCCUCUCCUGCGCCUCCCCGGUGAUCUCUGCGAAAUCCAAUCCGGCGCUCGGGUCCUUCUCAAAAUCCUCGGCUCUGCGCUUUUGCGGGCUUAAGCGAGAGGUUCUAGGGUUUCGAUCGGUUAAGUCGGUUGGAUUGGGGAGGAUUCAGAGGUCCGUUUCGCGGACGGUGACUGCUGCCCUUUCCGGCAACGGUAGUGCUUCCAAGGGUUUUGAUUAUGAUUUGGUGAUUAUUGGUGCUGGAGUCGGUGGCCAUGGUGCUGCUCUUCACGCUGUUGAGGAGGGCUUGAAAACUGCCAUCAUUGAAGGGGAUGUUAUUGGAGGAACUUGUGUGAACAGAGGUUGUGUUCCAUCCAAAGCUCUUCUAGCGGUGAGUGGUAGGAUGCGUGAGCUUCAAAGUGAGCAUCACUUGAAGGCAUUGGGUUUACAGGUUUCAUCUGCUGGUUAUGACAGACAAGGAGUGGCUGAUCAUGCAAAUAAUCUUGCCUCAAAAAUUCGUAGUAAUUUGACAAACUCGUUGAAAGCUUUAGGUGUUGACAUACUGAACGGUGUUGGUUCUAUUGUGGGCCCCCAAAAGGUGAAAUACGGAAAAGCUGGGUUUCCAGAAACUGAAAUAACUGCUAAAGACAUUAUUAUUGCUACUGGGUCUGUUCCUUUCGUUCCCAAUGGCAUUGAAGUCGACGGGAAAACUGUUUUUACAAGUGACCAUGCACUCAAACUGGAAUGGGUACCCGAUUGGAUAGCUAUAGUUGGAAGUGGUUAUAUUGGACUUGAAUUUAGUGAUGUCUACACGGCUCUUGGAAGUGAGGUCACUUUUGUAGAGGCCUUAGAUCAACUGAUGCCUGGUUUCGAUCCUGAGAUAGGGAAGUUGGCCCAGAGAAUUCUUAUUAAUCCUAGGAAUGUCGAUUAUCAUACCGGAGUAUUUGCGAAGAAGAUUACACCAGCAAAGGAUGGAAGGCCUGUGCUUAUAGAGCUUAUAGAUGCAAAGACAAAGGAGCCAAGUGAUACAUUAGAGGUAGAUGCAGCCCUUAUAGCAACUGGAAGGGCUCCAUUCACCAAGGGACUUGGCCUAGAAAAUAUAAAUGUAGUCACACAGCGUGGCUUCGUCCCAAUUGAUGAUCAUAUGCAAGUAUUAGAUGCUGGUGGAAAUCGGGUUCCUCAUUUAUAUUGCAUCGGAGAUGCUAAUGGAAAAAUGAUGCUGGCUCAUGCUGCUAGUGCACAGGGGAUUUCAGUUGUUGAGCGUGUUUGUGGGAAGGAAAAUGUGCUGAAUCAUUUAAGCAUUCCUGCUGCUUGUUUUACCCAUCCUGAGAUCAGUAUGGUUGGACUCACAGAGCCCCAAGCAAGGGAAAAAGCUGAACAGGAGGGUUUCGAAGUAAGCAUUGCAAAGACAAGUUUUAAGGCUAACACAAAAGCUUUAGCAGAAAAUGAAGGUGAAGGACUUGCUAAGUUGAUUUACAGGCCUGACACGGGAGAGAUUCUUGGAGUUCAUAUAUUAGGGCUUCAUGCUGCAGACCUCAUUCAUGAAGCAUCGAAUGCCAUAGCCUUAGGAACACGCAUUCAGGACAUCAAAUUUGCUGUUCACGCGCAUCCAACCUUAUCAGAAGUUCUAGACGAACUCUUCAAAUCUGCCAAGGUGAAUUGUGCAGUAUCUCAUUCUGUAAAUGAACCAGUUGCAGCAUAAACAUCGGCAAAAUCAACCUCAUUUCGUGGAGGAAGCUCUUUCAAGUAUUUUCUCCUACAUCAAGAGUCUGCUAUUCCACCCUUCAACAAGAGACUAAAGCGCCAUCAAUCAUACCUAGUUUCACCAAUAACAUUGUAUUUUUCUUUUCUUUUCUUUUCCUCCUGAUGAACUUAUAAUAAUAAAUAAAUCAUCAAUUUUGUUUGUUUUUCUUUGUAACUCCUGUGAACUAUUUCCUCAUCUCAAAUUAUGUGUAAGUUUUGGCAACUUAUGAUCAAUGUUUUUGAAGCAAAGAAUUGGUUGUUGGAUUUAUGUUUGUA